UCAUAGCAGAUGUAAGCCUCAACUCUGCAGCAUUUAAUAGCAAAAACAAUCGCAGCUUGGGAAGGGUUCUGGAAUCAUUUGCAUCAACUUAAGAAGAUUUAACAACUUUGAGUUCUAUCCAGGAGUUAAAGCUUCCAAAAUGAAGAUUUUGAUAAUGAUUGAUUUUGUCCUUGCAGCUAGCUUGAUUGAUGUCAUUGGCAGCUCUGAUUUACAGAAAUGUUUUCAAGAGCAGAUACGACUUCAGGGCCAGGUGAGGCUUCUGGAACAUCGUGUGAAACAGCAACAGUUAAAAAUUAUACAGCUCUUAGAGAAGAAAGAGAUUCAGUACAGUGACAGAGAAGAUGAAAACAGUGUCAUUGAUUUGGGAGGAAAAAGACAGUAUUCAGAUUGUGCAGAAAUCUACAAUGAAGGCCAUAAGCAAAAUGGAUUUUAUAAAAUAAAACCAGUCCAGAGUCCUAGAGAAUUCUUUGCGUUCUGUGACAUGUCUGAAGGAGGUGGCUGGACUGUGUUUCAGAGACGGUCUGAUGGCAGCCAGAACUUUGAUAGACUCUGGGCUGACUAUGAAGAAGGCUUUGGAAAUUUUGUUUCGAAAAAUGGUGAAUUUUGGCUUGGAAACAAAAAUCUUCAUUAUUUGACUAAUCAAGGGAAUUAUACAUUAAGAAUUGAUCUAACUGAUUUUGAAGGAGAACGACGUUUUGCACAAUAUGCAAGAUUCAGAGUUUCAGGAGAAGAGCAUUCUUAUGAGAUGAGUUGUGGUGAAUACUCUGGGACAGCUGGUGAUUCCCUUACUGGUGGAUUUCAUCCAGAAGUAAAAUGGUGGGCUGAUCAUCGAGGAAUGAAAUUCAGUACUAGAGACAGGGAUAAUGACAACUAUGAAGGGAACUGUGCUGAAGAGGAAAAGGCUGGCUGGUGGUUUAACAGGUGUCACUCUGCCAACCUGAAUGGUUUGUACUACAGAGGUCCCUACACUGCCAAGACAGACAAUGGGAUUGUUUGGUACACCUGGCAUGGGUGGUGGUAUUCCCUAAAAUCUGUUGUCAUGAAGGUCAGACCUGCAGACUUUGAAUGUAACAUUGUUUAGAUAUUCUACUAACAUGAUUCACCCAACUAAUCUCUUAGGAAAUUCAUUCCAAAUUAAAAUGGGCAGAUUUUUACUUCUCAAUCUAUGCAUAUAUAAAUUUGGAAUAAUUCCUCUGCAACCAGUAGUUUUAUGAGAUGCAAGUGAAAAGAUAAGCUAGCCUAUGAACGUUUAGAUACAAAUAUUAAUGUUAAUGGAUCCAGGUAUUUUUUUUAAAAGGCAAGUGUUCACCUAGGAAUAAGGACAUCUUCAUUAAGAUGGCAAAUUUUUGGCUUUCCAGUAACUCCAAAUCCUUUCCCACUUAAAACCAACAGUAUUGUUACUGUGCUGUCUCAAAUAUGAAAAUUAAUUGUACUUACACAAUAAAAAAACCCCUACUCAAA